GGAAGCCUAAAGCUCUCAACUGUGCCGUUUUGAUUCCAACUUGGUAAUAUCAUAAGAGGAGUUUUCAGUCAGAAUGAAUGGCGCACCCCUUUGAAUAACCCGAACCAUGAAACAACCAGGGGAUCCACACGAGCUCAUCAUCCUCACCGGCCUCGCUGUCCUCCUGACCGCGCACUCUGCCGCGGCCACCACCAACCUCGGUGACACGCUGACCACCAACCGCCCCCUAUUCGACGGAGAGACCCUCAUCUCCGCAAGCGGUGUCUUCGCCCUUGGUUUCUUCAGCCCAAACAAUAGCUUGGCCAACCGCUAUGUCGCCAUCUGGUACAACAACAUCACAUCCCACGAGGUUGUCUGGGUCGCCAACGCCGGAAGCCCUGUUUCCAGCUUCGCCGGCUCACUCACCCUGGCCCCCAACGGCACCCUUCUAGUCAUCGACCGGAACAACACCGUCGUAUGGUCUUCAUCUCCUCUUCUCAACACCGUAAAUAAAGACACAAUCCCAACUGCCCAACUCCUCGACUCUGGAAACCUGAUCGUCACAGAUGAUGAACACGGCAACUACAUAUGGCAGAGCUUCGAUUACCCCUCAAACACGAUCCUUAUGGGAAUGUUCAUUGGAUGGGAUCUGCGCACUGGUUUCAGCUGGAACAUAACUUCUUGGGCGAGUUCCACUGACCCAUCGCCGGGGUCCUACGCCAUGAUAAUCCAACUCAGCGGCGUGCCGCAGCUGGUCAUCACCCAAGAUCAUGAGAUCAUUUACUGGCGCGGCGGCCCAUGGGUAGGCAACGGCUUCACCGGCGUGCCACAGGCAUCCGCUUAUAAUACCGUCGCCAUGUCCUUCGUCACAACAAGGGAGAAAUUGGGCCUGUACAUAGAAUCGGUGAGUGAUGCGAAGUUGAGGAUGAUCUUGAACCCGAACGGAACAGCUCAGCGGUUUGUAUGGCUAGACCCACCAGGGCAGUGGAGCUUAUUCUGGCAGAAUCCCAUGGACGAAUGCGAUUCUUUCUCUCCGUGUGGCUCGUUCGGCAUCUGCAACGCGAACGAGAUCCCGCACUGCAGUUGCCUCUUGGGAUUUCGGCCCAAGAAUAGGGGUCGAUGGGCUCUAAAAGAUGUGAGCGAUGGGUGUGUUAGGAACACGACGCUCGAUUGCCGGAACGGUACCGGCACGUCCGAUGGAUUCUUGAUUGUGAGCGGGGUGAAGCUGCCAGAUACGUCGGCGGCGGUGGCGGAUGGGGAAUUGGGGUUGGAUGAGUGCAGGGUCAGGUGUUUGACGAAUUGCUCCUGCACCGCCUACUCUUUGGCUGAUCCCAGCAACGGCGGAACCGGGUGCAUCAUGUGGACGGGGGAGCUUAAAGACAUGCGUUUGUAUGCCAACGGUGGGCAAGACCUUUACGUCCGCGUUGCCGCCAUUGAUUUAGGCACAUCAUCAAGUCAAUCUGAUCACAAGGGCAAAAGGAUAGCUACAAUUGUGGUGCCAAUUAUAGGGAGUUUACUAAUUGGAUUUUUAUUAAUCAGCUGUUUGAUAGCUCGUCACAAGAAGAGAAGAAAUUUUAUUAGGAAACUGCAAAUGGAGAAUGAUGAGGUGGCAAGUGAUAAAGACAUAGAUCUUCCUUUAUUUGAUUUUGAAACCAUUGCUGAUGCAACAAAUAAUUUCUCAGAUGAGAACAAGCUCGGAGAGGGUGGUUUUGGCUCUGUUUACAAGGGAAAGAUCAGAGAAAACGGAACGGAGAUUGCUGUGAAAAGACUCUCCAAAAGCUCAAAGCAAGGGAUAAAUGAAUUCAAAAAUGAGGUGAUGUCAAUAACAAAGCUUCGGCAUAGAAAUUUGGUUCUACUUUUAGGUUGUUGCAUACAGAGACAGGAAAGGAUGCUAAUAUAUGAGUACAUGCCAAAUAAAAGCUUAGAUAAAUUUCUAUUUGGUAAGGUCGUGAAUAUUGCUUCUAUUAAUUUUUUCAGUUUCUUAUUUGGGGUCAACUUGUUAAAAAUAAAUAAAUACUUGCUCCAGGCCCUACAAAACACAAGCCAGACUUAUUUUGCUAAUAUUUUUAUUUAUUAGCAAACUUAUACUUACCUACUACAUCUAAGUGCAGACAAAGAAAAGAAGAUGUUGCUAGAUUGGAAAAUUCGUUAUAACAUAAUCGUUGGAAUAGCUCGAGGACUCUUAUAUCUUCAUCAAGAUUCGGCAGUUAGAGUUAUUCAUAGAGAUCUGAAAGCUAGUAAUAUUCUUCUCAAUCAAGAGAUGGUGCCUAAGAUCUCUGAUUUUGGCUUGGCAAGAAUAUUUGGAGAAGAUGAGGCAAAAUCUGAGACCAAAAGAGUAGUAGGAACAUAUGGCUACAUGUCUCCGGAAUACGUGAUACAAGGCAUUUAUUCUGCAAAAUCUGAUGUAUUUAGUUUUGGUGUUAUAGUUCUUGAGGUUAUAAGCAAUCAAAGGAAUAGAGAUUCUUCUAAAUCUAAAUCUAUUAAUCAUCUUGUAGAACUGGCGUGGAGCUUAUGGAAUAAAGGAAAGACUUUAGAAUUAGUUGAUGAAUCAAUAAGCAAUUCAUUCUCUAUUGCGGAAGUAUUAAGAUGCAUAAAAGUCGGGCUUUUGUGCAUUCAGGAACGCCCUAACGAUAGGCCCUUAAUGUCUUCUGUUAUUCUGAUGUUAACUAGUGAUAAAGAGGUAUUACCAGAGCCUAAGCGUCCUGGUUUUGUUGCAAUGAGGCAACAUUCAUUUGAAGGGGAUCAUUCAUCGUCAACUAAGCAAGAAUCUGAUUCUAUAAAUGAGAUAUCAUUGACAAUACCGUUUGGGAGCAUGAGGUUGCCUGAGUCGAGGAGCUUCAAAGAUGGGAUUUUUACGCCGGAGGUGUUCGUCGACCAAAUAGUUCCGAUGCCGCCGCCGCCGCCGUUGACGUUGCCGGCGGUGAUGAGAAUAUUGCCGUCGUUGAAAAAGUUGGAAGGUGCGGCGGCGUUGAAGAAGCCUAGCUCGAAUAUGCCUCCGGCGGAGAUGAGGGUUUGGCCGGCGGUGAGAGGUUGGGACGGAGUGAUGGUGUCGGUUGCUGCGGAGGGGAUGCUUUGCGUGGAGGAGAGUAGGAAGAGGAUGUUGUCUUUGAGUUCGAGUGAAUCCAAAACCAUGAUGCAAUCAAGAAAUCAUGAGGACCUCAUCAUCUUCAUUGGCUUCGUUGUCCUCCUCACCACCCACUCUACCUCCGCCACGACCAACCUCGGCGACACGCUGACAGCCAACCGCCCCCUAUUGGACGGAGAGAUCCUCGUAUCCGCCGGCGGUGUCUUCGCCCUUGGCUUCUUCAGCCCGGACAAUAGCUCCGGCAAGCGCUAUGUAGGCAUCUGGUAUCACAACAUUUCGUCCCAUGACGUUAUCUGGGUUGCCAACGCCCGUACCCCGGUUUCUGGCUUCGCUGGCUCUCUCACCCUCGCCCCCAACGGCACCCUUCUCGUCAUAGACCGGAACACUACCAUCCAUUGGUCUUCAUCCCCUCCUCCCACCAAUACCGUCCAAGCCACAAACCCAACCGCCCGACUCUUUGCCAGUGGUAACCUGAUCGUCAGAGGUGGCAAUAAGUACAAAUGGCAGAGCUUCGACUACCCCUCAAGCACGGCCCUUCCAGGAAUUUUCAUUGGCUGGGACCUUCAGACUGGCUUUAGCUGGAACAUAACUUCUUGGGCGAGCUCUACUGACCCAUCGCCCGGCACCUACGCCAUGGCAAUCCAACUCAGAGGCGUGCCGCAACUCGUCAUCACCCAAGAUCAUGAGAUCAUUUACUGGCGCGGUGGCCCAUGGGUCGGGAACGGCUUCACCGGCUUGCCACAGAUACCCAGUUAUAAUACUAUCAGGAUAAGCUUCAUCACAACAAGGGAGAAGGUAGGGUACACUUCUGAGCUGACUAGCGACGCCAAGUUGAGAAUGGUCCUGAACCCGAACGGAACAGCUCAGCGUUUUUUAUGGCUAGAUCCGCCGGGGCAGUGGAGCUUCUUCUGGCAGACCCCCAUGGACGAAUGCGAUUCUUUCUCUCCGUGUGGGCCGUUCGGCAUCUGCAACGCGAACGAGAUCCCGCACUGUAGUUGCCUGUCGGGAUUUCGGCCAAAGAAUAGUGGCCGUUGGGCUUUGAAAGAUGUGAGCGGUGGGUGUGUUAGGAACACGACGCUCGAUUGCCGGAACGGGACAGGCACGUCCGAUGGAUUCUUGAUUGUGAGCAGGGUGAAGCUACCAGAUACGUCGGUGGCGGUGGCAGAUGGGGAAUUGGGGUUGGAUGAGUGCAGGGUAAGGUGUUUGAUGAAUUGCUCCUGCACCGCUUACUUUUUGGCUAAUAUCAGCAACGGCGGAAGUGGGUGCAUCAUGUGGACCGGGCAACUUAAUGACAUGCGCUUGUAUGGCAACGGUGGGCAAGACCUCUACGUCCGCGUUGCCGCAGCUGAUUUAGGCACAUCACCAAUCCAAUCUCAUUACAAGGGAAAAAAGAUAGCUACAAUUGUGGUGCCAAUUAUGGGGAGUUUGCUCAUUGGAUUUUUAUUAAUCAGCUGUUUGAUAGUCCGUCACAACAAGCGAAAAAGAUUAAUAAGGAGAGUUUACAAGGACACAAAUGAGGUGGCAAGUGACAAAGACAUAGACCUACCUUUAUUUGACUUUGAAAGCAUUGCUGAAGCAACAAAUAAUUUCUCUGAGGAGAGCAAGCUUGGAGAGGGUGGGUUUGGCCCUGUUUACAAGGGAAAGAAAAAAGAUGGAAAAGAAAUUGCGGUGAAAAGACUCUCCAAAAGCUCAAAGCAAGGGGCAAAUGAGUUCAAAAAUGAGGUGAUGUUGAUAGCCAAGCUUCAACAUAGAAAUCUAGUUCGACUAUUAGGUUGUUGCAUGGAGAGACAAGAAAGGAUACUGAUAUAUGAGUACAUGCCAAACAAAAGCUUGGAUACCUUUCUAUUUGAUAAGGAAAAGAAGACGUUGCUGAAUUGGAAAAUGCGUUUUAGCAUAAUAGUUGGUAUAGCUCGAGGACUUCUGUAUCUUCAUCAAGAUUCAGCAGUGAGAGUCAUUCAUAGAGAUCUAAAAGCUAGUAACAUUCUUCUCAGCCAAAAGAUGAUACCUAAGAUCUCAGACUUUGGCUUGGCAAGAAUAUUUGGAGAAGAUGAGGGAAAAUCUGAGACCGAAAGAGUAGUAGGAACAUACGGCUACAUGUCUCCAGAGUACGUGAUAGAAGGCAUUUUUUCUGCUAAAUCUGAUGUAUUUAGUUUUGGUGUUAUAGUUCUUGAGAUUAUAACCAGUCAAAGGAAUAGAGGUUCUUCUACUUCUCAAUCCAAUAAUCAUCUGGUAGAAAUGGCAUGGCGCUUAUGGAAUAAAGGAAAGGCUUUAGAAUUAGUUGAUGAAUCAAUAAGCAAUUCGUUCUCUAUUGCUGAAGUAUUAAGAUGCAUAAAAGUUGGGCUUUUGUGCGUUCAAGAACACCCUAAUGAUAGACCAUUGAUGUCUUCUGUUAUUCUUAUGUUGACCAGUGACAACGAGGUAUUACCAGAGCCUAAGUGUCCUGGUUUUGUUGCAAGGAGGCACUUUUUUGAAGUGGACCAUUCAAGUUCAAUUAAGGAAGAAUAUGAUUCUAUAAAUGAGAUAUCAAUAACAAUGCCGAUUGGGAGAUAACGAAGGUUUAGAUAAUAAAUAUAUUAAGCUUUUAGUCAUCUAAACUCCUAAUUAAAUGUCAUAUUUUAUUGUGAAGUUCUUUUCAGUAUGUUGAAUGUUCAUAUUUAAUUUGUAAAAAUGCAAAAAGUUUCAUA